GGCUAUGGCAGGGCAUUCAGUUCGAAAACUAUCUAGAUGAGCGCCUAACUUGAGCUAUUAUGGAUUUAUGUCUUAAGGGCUCGCAGAUAAACCUCGCCACACGACAGAAAACGAAGCCCAAGUACACCAGUCGUUCGCUGACGACCCUCCACAGUCCGUGUCCCCAUUUCCGGCCCCGUUCGGCCAACUUCCUGCAGCAGCGCAGUCGCUCCUCGCCAUUCCUCGGACGACCGCAGUCCGCGGACCCCAAGUUCGGUCGUCGGCUGACCACGUUCUGCAGCGACAAGGAGCUGCGAAAGCGACAAGUUUCCUCCAACGACCUGCUGAAAUCCCUCCUGGAAGAGCCCAUCAAGCGCAGCUGGCUCUACCGCAGCACCUGCAACUCCUCUGAGUCGGACUACUCGCUUCACAAACGCACCCCCGACAGCAGUGAGGAGGGGGAGCAGUUCCUGGUCACCAUGUCCGGGGGUGGUGGUGAAAAGGCUAAGCCAUACUCCUCCUACGCGGCAACCCAGGGCCUCAGCAAUGGUGCCCUGCUCCAGCGCACCGCCAAGCCAGAUCUUCCGGGCCGGGUGUCCUUUAGCAAGCCCAAUAUGCACACGGAUCUGGACUCCAGUGACUGCGACAAUGACAAGCAGGAAGUGCGUCCCAGUAUCUCUGCACCAGGUCCUCUAACGCUUCCCAGUUUCCUCGGCAAGGCUGAACAAGCCGAUCCCGCUGGUCAGAAGAAAUCGGUUCACUUCGGGUCCACGGCCGCCGAGGGAGAAGUGCUGGCGGAGACCUACGAGUACCCCAAGUGUCCCUCGGAGAACUGUACCUGCAGCACGCGAUCCUCCUCCACCACGAGCACCAAUGAGGCGUCUGCCUCGGAGGUCAAGUGUGCCUGCGAUGCGCCCAGCUGCCGAUUCGUGGAGGCUGCCCAGCUAAUGGAGCCCACUGAUCCCAGUCCCUCGCUCCCAAAUCCUCCCACACCGGAGCUGAAUGUCAUCAGGGAGUACAAGCAGGCAGUGGUGGGAGUUCAGGUGGUCAAGAACCACCUGGGAAGCGGAACCGAAACCCUCAACAAUAUCGAGAUUCUGCCCAACUAUUUGGACAAGUACGCUUCUCCGUCGAAGGAAAAGCAGAAUAAUCUGUCCGAAACCAAGAACCUGACCACUAGUAGUUCCCCUGCCAACAGUGCCACCUCCUACAGAUCAGCUACUUCCAAUCCAAGGAACUUUGGGGCCGAAAACAACUUUUUGCCCGCGUUGCCCGAGGAUAGAAGAUCUUUUGGGAAUAGCAGCUCUGAAUCCGUGAUUAACAACUACCUCAAGGUGGCCUCGACUCCUCCGUUUGUGGGUAAGAAGAAGGAAAACGUGAAGCCUGCCAGCGCGGAUCCCAUUGUCAGGAACAGCAAAUCCAAGGCGACCAAGUCACCGGCAGUCAAUCCAGCUCCAGCUUUGGGGAAACUGAAGAAGGCCAUCAGUGUGGGCAGCCUGCGGGAGGAGCGAAAGCUGUCCGAGUACAACCUCGACAAGGUAGACAGCUGGAUGAGCAUCCAGGACCAGAAGCAAUUCGACCACAAGCACAAGCAGGGAUUGGAGGAUCUGGACGAGGGUCAGGACAACGAUACCGCCUCACAGCUGUCCUUGAAGUCGAAUGAAGACUCCAGGGACUCCACCUACGACGAGAUAGUAUCCGUCAUCAAGGAGAUCGAAGAGGACAAGAAGAGGGACAACUUUUCCGAGCGUAUUCCCAGCGAAUUGAACUUGAAACUGGAUUCCCGUUGCGAGACCGCCGAAACGGUGACUCUUAGUGAAGGAGCAGUUCCUGAAAGUGGAGAUAAGUACAAGGACAUCUUGGCCUAUCUGAACAAUGUGGAGAGCAGUUGUGACAAGACGCUGAUGGAAACACGUCGCUCCAUGCCGGAUAGCAAUCGAUCCGAGGUAGAAUUCGUGGUGGAACCUGAUGUCACCGACGAGGUGCCCAAAUUGUCCGAGUUGCUGAUGCUGCCCAAUCAUCAGUUGGCCAGAAGGGUCAUUGCCCUGAGCCUGCGGGCCAAUGAGCUGGCCAAUGCCAUCCACAUGUCCAAGGAGCACGUCUUCCAGCUGCGCGGCGAGAAGCAGAAGAGCCUGCGGGCCGAAAAGUCCACCGCGGCCGCCAAGUUGCGGGAUCAGAAGAAGCACUACGAGGAGGUGGUGACCCGACACCAGGGCUUCAUCGAACAGCUGCUUAAGGACAAGGGAUCCCUGUGCGAGAAGGUGGCGGCCCUGACCCGUCGCCUGGAGAGCCAGAACCAGGCCUGGGAGCACCGCCUGGAAACGGAGCUGGCUAGGACCAAGGAGACCACCAUGGCGGGUGAGAAGAUUCGGCGGGAGCGUUGGGUGCGCGAGAACACCAAGAAGAUCAAGGAACUCACGGUAAAAGGCCUUGAGGCGGAGAUCAACAAGAUGAACUGCGACCACCAACGCCAGGUGACAGAGCUGAAGCGCAGCCACCAGAUGCAGUUGCUCGACGCUCUGGAGGAGGCGCGCACGAAGCACGAGCAGAUCGAGACGGGCAUCCGCGAGAGCUGCGCCCAGGAUCGAGAGGCCAUCAUCGAGAAGGAGCGCACGGCCAUCCGGGAGCGGUUCGAGCGCCAACUGGAGGAGGAGCAGAGGACGCAGGCGGAGCAGCGCCAGAAGCUGACCGAAGAGUUUGCCGUGGAGCGGGAGCGACUGCAGGCGGAGCUGCGGCAGCGGGAGAACGAUCACAUGGCCAGGAGGCAGGAGGCGCUGCGGGAACAGGAGCAGGAACUGGAGCAGGCCAAGUUCGAAAUGCAGGAGCGCAUGGCCAAGCAGGAGGAGAAGUACCAGAACCGCAUCAACACCAUCGAACAGCAGUACACGGCGGACUUUGAGCUCUGGAAGGCGGAACACGAGAACAAGGCCAAGUUGGCCCAGGCGGAGAAGGAGAACGCCAUAAGGCAGCACUACCGGGCGGAGAGGGAUCGCCAGCUGGACGAACUGGUGGUGCGCAUGGAGGCCGACGCACUGCAGCAUGGCGAGGAGCACGAACUCAAGAUGAAUCGCCUCAAGGAGAAGUACGAGAAGGACCUGGUUCUGGCCGAGAGCGUGGAGAAGUCGCUGCGGGAGAAGUACGCGGAGACCCGUGGCAAACUGGCGGAGGCGGACGCCCAGGUGCGGAACAGCCAGGCGGAGGUGCAGCAGCUGCAGCUGGAGCUCAGCCACAGCAAGAAGAUGUGCGGCGACAUCAUCAUGGAGCGGGACAGACUGCGGGACAACCUCAACGCGGACAUCCAAAGCGAAUUGGGAGUCCUCAGUGAGCGUCACAAGCAGGAGAUGGAGCAGCUUCAAAAGCGGGUCCACCAGACCAUCCAGCGGCAGGAGGAGACCAUCGAGAUCCUCAAGGGGGAUAACGAUGCCCUCAGGCAGCAGUGCCUGAAACUAAACGCGGUCAUACGACAGCAGCGCAAGGAUUACUGCGUCAAGUAGGUUGGAUUUAUGAA